UCAUGGCUCUGUGCUUGUUGUCUGAUUGCUAACUUUCAAAUGCGCUGAAACAGCGCCAUUGUCAGGUAGUGGGGCUCCCAGCAAAGGUCUCCUCUGCGGCUCGCUCUGCCCGGGAUGGGCGGAAUGCCCCGGGUAAUGGAAGAUGAUCACGGUUUAACAAACGUCACCUGGGGACUGGGGUGACCUGGGGAUGGCAAUGUUCUGUUUUAAUUAAAGUGUUGUUUACCCGCCCACCUAUUCUGAACAAGUGUUUUCUCCCGGCUUUGGUGGCCUGUGCCAGAGGGAUCCGUCCUGCUACCAGCAUGCCCACCCAGCUGGAGAUUGCCAUGAACACCAUGAUCAUGAUCUUCCACCGCUAUUCCUGCAGGGAAGGGGACAGGUUCAAGCUUAACAAGGGGGAGCUGAAAAUGCUCCUGCAGCGAGAGCUCACGGACUUCCUCUCGUGCCAAAAGGAUCCCGAGUUGGUUGAUAAGAUAAUGCAGGACCUGGAUGCCAAUAAGGACAACAAAGUGGAUUUUAAUGAAUUCGUGGUCAUGGUGGCAGCUCUCACAGUUGCUUGUAAUGAUUACUUUGUAGAACAAUUGAAGAAGAAAGGAAAAUAAAGACAAGCAGUUCGCUAAUCUAAAGCAGAAAUAUAUCCAAAGUUGUUCACUCACUGUUCAUCUAUACCCACCACCACAGUAAUGCCAUAUGCAGAUACCAUACGCAUAUAAUUAGUUGCUAGUAUCAUCAGGUGAUAUAUACCAUAAUAUAUUGCCUUUAAAGAAAUAUUCCAAGCUUUACACACCCUACUUGACAUUUUCCUAUAUUAUUAAAGAUGUUAUAUGCAUUUUUUUUUGUCUAUCAAAGAGAACAUCACAGAAAUUUAACUACUUUAAAAUGAGACUGGAACUUAGCAAAUUUCUUUUUUCUUAUUGAAGUAUAGUUGAUUUAUAAUGCUGUGUUGGUUUCUAGUGUACAACAUAGUGAUUCAGUUAUACAUAUAUAUCUAUUCUUUUUCGUUCUUUUUUAUUACAGGUUAUUAUGAGCUAUUGAAUUAGAUCCUAUGCUAUACAGUAGAACCUUGUUGUUUAUCUAUUAUGUAUAUAGUAGUGUGUGUCUGUUAAUCCCAAACUGCUAAUUUAUUCCUCCCUGCCCUUUCCCCUUUGGUAACCAUACGUUUGUUUUCUAUGUCUGUGAGUCUGUUUCUAUUUUGUUAAUAGAACUUAGCAAAUUUCUAAGGCGAACAUCCAUCAUCCUUAAAUUGUAUUUUGAACUUCUUAUCCUAUUAAAG